AAUGAAGUGACUUCCCUCCAGAGCAGCAGAGGGUUUGUUGUUGCCUGAGAACAGCAGCUUACACAGAGAAAACAUGAAAAUCUUUGUAGCAUUAGCGUGCCUUUUGGCAGGCUGCCUCGCCCAGGAACCUCAGCCGUGUGAAAGUCCUCCUCAGAUGAGCGGGGAGAUAAGUGUGAACACAUCGGAUGAAAGGCUGGAGAUGUACGGCAAAUACCUGUACGAUGCACUGGGACAGCGGAUAAAGCUUUUUGAGUUUCGCACCCUGGAUAAUGAGACUUUCACCUACGACCUUCUUCUGCUCUACAAAGAGCAAGUUGCGUAUGAGAUCAAUGACCGUAACCGUACCUGCAUUAAAAGACCUCUGAAGGGGGACUUUAUGCCUCUGGCCGUCCCUAAAGAAGCCUCUCUGCUGGGCCAGGUUGUCAUCGGCAGCUCGUCUGCACCUGGACAAGGACUCCUGGUCAACACUUGGACGGGAGAUCUGCCCAAACAAGGAGGGAAGUACAGGAUGACAGUCACUGAAUUUGGAUGCAUUCCUGUCACCACUUCAGUCCAGACCAAACCGUUCGGAUGGAUUGUGCAAAACUUCUUCAACAAUGUCAUCGGUAUCUCAGACCCCUCUCAGUUCAACCCUCCAUCCUACUGCCCGGAUGCAAACAGUACAACUAAAAGUGUCCAGGAGCCGCUUGACUUCUUUGACUUCUUCCAUCGCAAGAAUUGA